GCUGAAUGUCAGCAGUAGUCCUCAGUAGUAGAAAUGGCAGCGCUGAGACAGGAGCAUCGUUAUGGACUCUCCUGUGGCAGAAUCAACAAAAGCAGCCCCAAUCAGACGCUGUACCACGUCAAGCUCACCGACACUGCCAUCCGCACCCUGGAAGCCUCCCAGAACCUGAAGGCAUCACUAUCAACUCAGCCUGCGAUUUGCUUCAAGGGGAGCCAGGGGUACCUAAAGAUCCCGGCACCGACACCUGAAUCUCCAGAAGGAGUCCGGGUCUUCUCCUUCUACCUAUCCAGCGACAGCAAAGACAAGCCCCAGUCCAGCUUCGACUGCAUUCACCAGUAUGUCUCAGGGGAGGGCAGGGAUCACCUGGAGGGCCAGGGCAGCAUUCAGGACAAGAUCACAGUUUGUGCCACGGACGACUCCUACCAGACGACCAGGGAGCGCAUGUCUCAGGUGGAGAAGGACAUCUGGAGCCGCUCAGCAAUUGAGAUAAAGCCCGGGCCAAGUAAAUAUGUGAAGGUCCAGAGGAAGCCGGGUCUGGUAUCAGGCUCAGAGAGCAGCAACAAGCACUCCCCCAACAACAAGAGGAGCCUGGUUCCCAGCGCCGUCGCACACCGGCCCUUGAGAGAUCGCGUCAUUCACCUUCUGGCCUUAAAGCCCUACAGGAAACCUGAGCUGCUACUGUGGUUGGAGAGGGAGCGGGCCAGUCCAAAGGACAAAAGUGACCUGACCCCAGUGCUGGAUGAGGUGGGUAAACUCAACAUUAAAGACCACAGCUACUCUCUGAAGGACGAGCUCUACAGACACAUCCAGAAAGACUGGCCUGGAUAUCUUGAAGAAGAGAAGCAACUCAUCCAUAGGCUCCUGAUCAGGAAACUCCAGCCACUGCAGAGUAGCCAGCUGAAGAGCCCCCAGUCCAACAGCUCAUUCCACAAAACUCCCGGGGACUCUCCUUCACAACUCAGUCCUGCCAAGAAUCUCUCUGUGAAACGCCCAUUUCCCUCUGACCCAUCCAGCUGUCAAACCCCCAAAAAACAAAGACUGUUUGACCAGUGUUUGCCUCUGCAGUCGCCCUCUCAUGGAGACUACGGCACCAACGGGGCCCGGAGCGCCUCCAGUCACGGAAACUCUAUACAGAUCAAAAUGGACUUCGACAAAACCAACAAUCAUCUCCAGGGGAGCCCAAACGGUCUGUACUCGCCGCACAAACUCAGUGGGUCGUCUGUUAUUCCCAAACUGGAGAGGACUGAGCCAGCGCCUACUGCUCCCAGCCCCAAGCCCCCACACACCGACCCCUCCAUUUGCACUGACCAACCGUUCCCCAAUGGCCAACAUAAAAAGAAGAAGUCUAAAAAGCACAAAGACAAGGAACGAGAGCGCUUUAAACCAGAAUGGAUUGAAACCAGUCCAGACCUGAAGCAGAAACAAGAAAAUCUCAAAGAGCACGAGGGAGAGAGAACACCUGUCAAUCGAGCCUCAGCAGAGGAGCUGCCCGACUAUUUAAUAAAAUACAGCACCAUUAAAGCACUGGAUCAGCGUCAACAGUACAAGGACGACUUCUGUGCCGAGUACGAUGAAUACAGAGCUCUUCAUGACCGGAUCGGGGCCAUCACAGAGAUGUUUGUUCAGUUGGGCUCAAAGAUCAACACUCUCUCCCCGGGGACACAAGAGUACAAGCUUAUGGAGGACCAAAUACUACAAAAGUACAGAAAGUAUAAAAAGAAGUUUCCUGGUUAUCGGGAAGAGAAGAAGCGAUGCGAGUACCUCCAUCAGAAAUUGUCGCAUAUCAAAGGCCUGAUCACAGAUUACGACCGAGCACAGGAGCUCUCCUAGUAACCGGCCUCUGCCCUCGGCAGGGUGUGAUUAUACUGGACCAAAAGACUCCUAAUGGACUCAAAGACUGCGUAGCUGGGUCCCGGAGCCACUGAGACACUUUUCACUUUACUCCUCCUGCUAAUGGAAUCGAGGGGCAAGGUUGUUUUGUUUUUUAAAAGUGGGUUUAGACCACCAACUCGUGAUCAGAUGUUGCCCUUUAACACUACGGCUUUCAUCUCUGAUUGUGGCUGUUAUGGCUGGAACUUGUUCUGCUGUAGAAUGGGGAGAUGACACAGUCAAAGCCAAAUCCAUUUCCUGAAAUGCAAAACAGAUGUGAUCCUUCCUGCCUGAUUGCAUUUUUAUUCCCUCCUUUAUCUCGUCAGAGCUAAACAAUAAAAAAGUGCUGAUUUAGAAAUAGUAUUAAAUUGAUGGCACAAUCAAUCUUAGAGGGAAACCAAUGCUCCUGAAGCCUUUACGUAUUACACAUACAGAGGAAUCUGUUCAUUUGCCAUUUGUUAUCAAAUGUUGACACAUUUGAUCACAUCAAUUAUUCAUUAGUUCCAAUGCUGACAUUACAUAAUGGCACUAAUAUGAUCCUGCUAUAAACAGUAUCUCUCUUCAGACCACAUGCAGACGGACAAAAUUCAUGCAAAUAUGAAUGCAGGAAUGAGAACAGACAAAGGUGUAUAUCAGUUUAUCAAGAAUGUUAUCACAAGAAGAACAGUAAAUCCUAAUAUGGGGAUGAGGAACAGUUUCUCCAGGUGUUGGCCAUUAGGAGGCACUCUGCCUUCAUCCUGCUUGAUUUCUGAGAAAUACUGCAAUGGCAAAAAAAUAAACACAAAUGUGAGGCAGGUUUCAUGAUCCCGUCAGAUUCCCCCACAUGUAGCCUACAGUACCACAAACUGCCUUUUCCCUACGUAAUGAAAAAACACCUUCAUCCCACUCAUAUCUCGAGUCAUGCACCAAAUUAAAACGCUCAGUUCCCUGAAGGGGCCUGAUUUUUUUUCAUCAAGAUUGAAAAACUCCCUGUCUUGCAAUGUUAAAGCAACUAUUUAAAAAAAGCCUGAACCUGAACUUUGAUGGUUUCUUCCCUGAACCAUAUUAGAUCCAAGUUGUUUUUGUGUAUUCUUGCAUACAAACAAUCAAACAAACAGACCAAGAGACGAGGGUGAAAACAUAACCUGUUCUGCAGAGGUAUUAAAGCUUUAUGUGCACUGCAAACAAAUUCAUACCAGUUGCCCUAAGUCUUAAGACAAAGUAUUAAAUGCGUACAGGGUAAUGAUCAUUUACAAAGUCUGCAGUUUUUACUACCACUUACUAUGAUUUAUGUUCAGUUGAAUACAAACGAUUCACUUCAGUGAGUGUUUACAUGUUAAUGUUAUUCUGCCGAAUGUGACAGCAAUGGCUUUAAAGCAUGUGGACGGUGGUGUGGUGGGUUGGUCGUUCAGCUCAAACCACCGGGGUUCAUUUGAGACUUUUCAUUUGAAUUAACACCACCUUUUAUUUUAUAUCACUUUCAAUAGCUGUGGCCUGAUAAAGGGAAUAGUGCUCAGAUUCCAGUGCUCUCUGGACAUUUACAUGGAUGUAGCUGCACUCACAAAGGUUGUCUUAAUAACGGCUGAGAAUGGGAGAAUGAAGCUAAUAUUUGCCUUAGCACGUGUGUCAGACAUUUCCAGAAUUCUGCUACCAUUAUUCAAAAAUGUUCUCCGCACAGUUCAAAGCAUUUCCGUAAAUGUCUUCUUUUUUUUUCUCUCUUUUUAUUCUGAAGGAAGGUUCAGUUACUGGAUAGUUGUUGUGCAACAGUUGUCUAAUCCGUGUCGUAUUAGUUUUUUUCGAUGUACGUCUUAAAUCUGUCAACGUAUUUAGCUUCAUUUGUCGUCUGUUGAAUCAUCAUGAACUGCAAAAGGAAUUUAAUUCACUCUCUAAUCCUGUCGAGAACCACUCUGGAAAGAAAGAACCGAUGGAGCAAUCGAGACACAAUAAUACGCUUUGCUUCUCUUGGUUUCUAAGUGCAAAAGCUCAUUUGCCACAUAUUCAGCAGCUCUGUCACAGCUAAGUGUGCAUUUCUUCUUCUUGUAUUCUGGGAUGGCUGAAGGAUUUGAGACCAGCACCGGUUGUCUGUCGUGGCACAUAUGAAAACUUCCAAGAAAAGAUUAUUUAUUAGCACUGACUAUUGCAAACAUUUUAACUGCAAGAGGCCCGUAUAGUGUUGAACAAUUCAGAGAAUUAAAUAUAAGAGCUAAGGUCAAUAACGGAUUCUUAUCACUCCUGCACAUCCAUAGAGAUAUUUUCCUUAUUCUGUCUGUUUGAUGAUCUUCUCAGGACCCGACAGCUUAAACUUAUUUGGUUCUUGUGUCUAUUUGAGAGUGUGUCUGAAAACACCAGUGUGUUUAUUCUGGUAAGAAGGCUGGAUAUCUUUGAGUUAUGAAGGUACUCACACCUUUUUAAAAUAACAGCAGGAUGACAAAAAUGCCAGCAAAACACAAUGUAGGUCAUGAAAGUCCAGAUCAUUUACAGAGGUAACUCAAGUUAAGGGCUCCCUGUUUACCACUAAAAUCAUAUUGAUUAUUGCAAUCAAACAAAUUGCAUCAUGGGUAACACUCUGCGUGCAACAUAUCAGUCUGAUCCUAGUAUGAAUGAAGAUAAUCUAACAUUCCUCUGGACGUGUUUUGGGGAAACCGUAGCCUCCAUGAAAUGGGCUUCUCAAGUGCUGACUGUGAUGUUUUUUUACUGUUGCAGGAGCGAAACUACUGACGGUGCCUUUUCAUUCAGAAAGCAGAGUCACUCUGCCUGGAAACAGGAUUGGUUUUCUGGGAAAAAGAAAAAAAAACUGGGGCCGGCAUAUUUACACAUGUGUAGCUUCACACUGUUGCCACUGUUCAAAGUGCUUUGUUCAUCAUUUAGGUUGAUAUCAAAUGCCUUGUUUAAAUGUGUAAAGUAUAUUGGCUAUGAUAUGAUGCGCCAAUUGCAUUUUUAAAAGGUCAUUUUCAAGGACUCUAAUUGAAAUGUUUCUAAUGUUAGCUAUUUGCAUACAUGUAUAUUUGACCUUUUCAUGUCAUUUUAGCCCAGGAAACAGUUUCCACAUAUUUCGUUCAGAUGUGCUUAUUGUUGGUACUGGAAGAAAAAAACAAUGCCUCCAUGGAAAUGUGAAAUGUACCAUUUUGUCAAUUACAUAUUGCUCCACCCUUAGAAGAACACGUUUAUUUAUUGCUUUUUAUGCAUUUUGCUCCUUUACAGGAUUCCUCUUUGCAAAGUCUGUCCCCUCUUUUCACAGCAAAACUCAUUAGCAAGGUGAAAGGGAAAUGGAAUAUAUUUUUGCAAUUGUUGAUGCUGGAUGCCUCGUCACAAAGCCAUCAUCUUGAAAAAGCUUUCAGAAAAACUUAAUGUAUUAUUGUCUCAGUAAAAUUGGAAAUUAAAGCUUUUUUUCCCA